AUGACCUUGGACGACAUGUCAGUUUGGGGCUGUGUUACCUCCGCCGUUCCUACGCUGUCCUCUGAUGUCCUCUGGUGUCCUCUGGUGUCCUCUGGUGUCCUCUGGUGUCCUCUCAGUGAUCAGCAGUCCGCUCGACAAUCUAGCGAAAGUACUAAUGUCCGCCAGCCUCCGUGCCUCACCCUAAUAAAACUACUAAACCUGCAACGUUCCGCUCCUCAUUUGUUGUUUCUUUACUCCAACACAUGCGACCUUUUCAUUCGCUGGGACUAG